AUGUCGGUUCCCAAAUUUACAAUCCCAGAGUCAGCGUAUGACCCGUCUACUUACAGCUUGAAGAAUACAAAGUCAAAAUCUGGUCUUUUGACAUACCUUCUCAAAUUAACCAAUGGUGGAUCCCUUGCAUUGAUCGUGUCAUACUUCGUGGGGUUUUUCAUUGUCAAACCGUUGUUGGAAACGUCUAAUUCCAGAAGGUUAGAGUUCCUCGAAACCAUGAGACUGAACUUGAGAGAAAUUUACUUGAAAAUGAUCACUAAAGUGAGCUAUAUACCAAUCGUUGCCAUUAAAAGAAAUGGAAAAUUACAUGCUGAUGCCAUAGUUCAGACUGAAUCACAUCCAGACAAGCUGGCUGCAGUAGAGGAUAGAUUGUCACAAGGUGAACUACAUCAGAAAAUGGUGAAAAUGUCGUCUUUGCUCAAUACUUAUGUGAAGCACUGGUCGAUGGAAAAUUUCAGUAAUUAUAAAGGUGUCAACUAUGCCGUCAAAGAUUUGCAAAAUAAGUCUGACUUGGUAUAUUUUGAUGACCAGGAGUUUUUCACUUUGGAUACUGGUCUUGAAGCUGGACCAAAUGGGGGUAAAGCUAGGAAAAGAAACAUUGUUGUCGAUACAAAAAACGAAAUUAGAAGUAUUAAGGGAUUGUAUAUGAGUGGACAAGUUUAA